AGAGUUCGGGCGCCGCGCAGGAAGGCGAGGCUUUAAGUUCCGGGUGGGGUGCGGGUCCCAUGACCGUCCGGAAUUUGCCUCCCGGCCCGGCUCUGGAAGCUACGAAGGGGCACGAGAACCGGAGCAGGGGACCCUGAGAGCAGGGAAACCGGUAGCCAGGUCGGAGGAGCGCGCCGCAGGUCGGCGCCGCCAGCGCGGGGACCGGCCCCGAGAGCGAGGGCGGGCUGUGAACCGGCGGCACAUCGCGUUCCCGCGGGUCCCGGUUCCGCUCAGGCGGGGAGCGGCUGGGAUGGGUCGGUCUGAGGAAUCAAAGAUCAACUCCCACUGAGGAUAAAUGGACUGUAAUUCUGGGUGUGACUAGAGAGUGAGAUUUGCCUUCCUGAAUUAAAAAGCAGGUCAUUAAGCUUGGGCACUGACACUUCUUUGUGAGAAGGUACAGAGAUGGAAACCUUACAAGCUGAGACUAAAAAGAGGGUCCUUCCCUCAUGGCUGACAGCCCAGGUGGCUGCAAAGAAUGUGGCACCAGUGAAGGCCCCCAAGAGGAGGAGAAUGGCAGCAGUGCCGGUGGCAGCAGCAAGACUCCCCGCGACGAGGACUGUGUACUGCAUGAACGAGGCUGAGAUAGUUGAUGUUGCUCUGGGAAUCCUGAUUGAGAGCCGCAAACAGGAAAAGCCCUGCGAGCAGCCAGCCCUGGCAGGCACUGAUAACCCACCACCCUCCCCUCCCUGCUCUGUGUCGCCUCACACGAGUUCUGGAAGCAGCAGUGAGGACGAGAACAGUGGGAAAGAGGCACCGGCCCCAGGCCCCAGCCCUUCCCAGAGGCCGGGGAGUUCCAAUUCCCCCUCCAGCAGGAGCCCCGAGGAGGAGGACGAGGAGGAAGAGGAGGAUGCGCUGAAAUACGUCAGGGAGAUCUUUUUCAGCUAGGGCAUAAACACGGAACUUCCUGCCGAGAGCAGCUGGAGGGCAGCUGAGCUUCCGCUGGUGCUGCUGGGCCGCCCGCCUGUGGGAAUGGGGCUCUCUGUGCUCCCACCUUUGUGCCUUCCUGGGCCUGGCAGAUUCACUCCAGGCCUUGGGGCUGCCGUUCUGAGUAUGCGGAAGCCAUGGCUCAAAAGAGAUCCCAUUCGAAUCCCUCUGUGUGUACUGCGCCCUCUCCCAGCUCUGAGGCGCUGGAAUCCCAACUGUCUGUGGUAGUCAGUGACCAGGUUCCAGGGAGAAUGAUGUCAUAUGCUGGUCCAGCUGACUGGAACCAAAGAGACAAUACCUUUCAAAGAAAAGGAGCGCAGCUAGGCGCCCUGGAAUUGCUACAGUUUAGUCCGCAUAAUCUCUCCUGAAGGAGGAAGCCUGUUUAAAAAAUAGUUUCUAUCAUGGUCAGUCAAUCAAUGAGCUCCCACCCCUCCAGCCAGCCUAGAAGGCAAACGAGCUACCCACAGUUCUCUGCCCUGUCUGGGAGCUUGAGGCCACAGCGUACAGACUGGUAAGCCAGACAGGCCUCUUCCCCCAAGCUGCUACCUUGCUUUCACCGGUACCUUGGUCCCCAGGCAGUUAGCUAUAAAGCAAGAGGGACAGCCCAGAAGAGACACUGAAGACGAGAUCACACCUGAGUCCAUGUUUCUGCCUCUGUUUUCAAUGUGGCCUUGGACGGGCGUAGAUGAGUAAAUCAUUUGCCAUACAGGUUUUCCGAUACACAGGCGCUGGAAAAUACACAACAUUCCCCAGUG